CCAAACUUCCUCUCCUCACAUUUCGUCUCAUGUCUCUUUACCCCUCUCCUUCCUUUACUUCCCUUCCCCCCAUCUUACUCUGACGACCAUUUUUUAACUUUACACAGAGUUGAUCUAAAGUAAACACUUAAGUAACUAGUCAUAAUGUCUGCAGCUCUCAUGCUGAGCAUUAUAGACCGUGCAAGAGAUGGAGUUGAUCUUGGCCAUGUGAAAAGCUAGGUGAAGCGAGCCUUGUGACUUUUUCUACCCCUUCUCCACUCCACCUCCUUUUCCCCAGCUCCUGUCUCUCUGCACUAUCCUCCUCUACUCCCCUGUCUCUGGUGGUGGUAAGGAGUGGGCGGAGCUUGUCCGGUAUGGAGUGGGCACGGCUUACCCGUGGAGGCUGCAGUUAGUGAGAGAUGGCAGGUGAUUGGGCAGAGAUUGGGUGACAUACAGCAGGAGAGGCCGGAAGUACUGGAGCUCCGAGACUGUUCUCCUAAUUACCUCAUUUCAGUUCAGCUGCAGAGAAAGACAGACACAGAGAGAGGAAGGAGCUUGUCUGGAAAAAGGCAGAGAGGAUAGAGUAAGAGACAGAGGAGGAGGAGAACAAGAGAGACAGCGAGAGAAAAAAUAGAGGGAGAGAGCUGCUGCUCCCUCAAUACAUGCAUGUUUCUAUGUUUCACCUAAAAUCCUGCUCCUACAAUGCUGUGUACUCAGCCUUACCUAAACUGCAGAGCUAGCCCCAAAUCACAGCUCUGCUUGCCAUCCAAUACGGGGGGAUAAAUCGAGCUAUCAUUGAUAGCUGUUCUAAACUUAAUCUGGACCCGAAGGGACUCCGAUUUGGCGAUAAUACGCACUGCUUGUUCUGCUGUUCCUUUUGGAGAGUGCGAGACUAGGAACUGUGAAGCAAGUGAAAGGGAACAUUCAUGAUCUGCUCCCAGUUUGCUGGCCUGGUUCUCACUGCUUCACUGUCAUUCGAAAUGAAUGGAGUGUUGAGUGUGGAGGGCGUGAGGUGUGAGGUGAUCAAAGUAUACAGUGAGGACAACAGCAGUCGAGCUGUGGAGGUCCCCAGUGACAUCACUGCCCGGGAUAUCUGCCAGCUGUUCAUUCUGAAGAACCACUGCAUCGAUGACCACAGCUGGACGUUGAUUGAGCACCUUGCUCAUCUGGGUAUUGAAAGAAUCAUAGAAGACCAUGAAUCAGUCCUGGAAGUGCAGUCUAACUGGGGCAUGGACUCAGACAGCCGUCUGUAUUUCAGGAAGAAUUAUGCCAAAUAUGAAUUCUUCAAGAAACCUCUGGAUUUUUUUCCAGAAAGCAUGGUGUCUAUAUCAAGUGAAGCCAAUGGCCUCAUGAACCACUCACAGCUUAUCCAGACAUUUCUCAACUCCAGCACAUGUCCUGAGAUCCACGGUUUUCUCUCCUCGAAAGAGCAAGGCAGGAAGUCCUGGAAGAAGUUCUAUUUUGUGUUGAGAAGGUCUGGGCUGUAUUUUUCCAAUAAGGGCACAUCAAAGGAACCCAGACAUCUGCAGUUUGUUGCAGAGUUUUGUGACAGUGAUGUCUACACUUUAUUAUCAGCCAGAAAAACACACGGAGCUCCCACAGACUACGGAUUCUGUAUAAAGCCGAGUAAGUCAAGCUCAGCUCGGGACUUCAAACUGCUAUGUGCAGAUGUUGAGCAGACCAGAACCUGCUGGAUCACAGCUAUGCGCCUCUUCAAGUUUGGGAUGCAGUUGUACCAAAACUUCAUCCAGCCUCAUCAGAAGCAGAAAAGUUCUCCAAUGAGAAGCAUUUCAGAGAACUCUCUCGUGGCCAUGGAUUUCUCAGGGCAGAGGAGCCGUGUGAUUGAUAACCCAUCAGAGGCUUUGUCAGUGGCUGUGGAGGAAGGUCUAUCAUGGAGGAGGAAGAGCUGCCAUCGUCUCAGCCAUGGAAGCUGCUCUCCCUCCCAAAGCUCCUUAUCCAACAUAGCAAUCCACAUGGCUCAGCCGUGGUUUCACAGCAAACUGUCUCGAGACGAGGCUCACAAACUCAUCACCCAGCAUGGCCUCAUUGAUGGAGUUUUCCUAUUAAGGGACAGCCAAAGCAACCCCAAGACCUUCGUCCUGUCCCUUUGUCAUGCACAGAGAAUCAGACACUUUCAGAUAGUCCCUGUUGAGGAUGAUGGCGAGCUGUUCUACAGCCUGGAUGACGGAAACACUCGCUUCAGUGAUCUGCUUCAGCUGGUGGAGUUUUAUCAGCUAAACCGUGGAGUUUUGCCCUGCAAGCUCAAACACCACUGUGCCCGAACCACCCUGUGAGCCCACUCCAAAACCCCUGUCUGAGCACCCUUUGACCUGACAAUUUGUUUUAUGGAUUCCUUUAAAACCUUCUAAGCCAAACCCAAAACAACCCUGCUCCAAGCCCAGACUUUUAAACUCCAGCCCCUGCACUUCUACCAGCCCUGAUGUUCACCUCUAACCCCUUUGUCACUCCAUCAAAUGACCAUCACACAUUCACAGGGUGACUCUGGACAAAUUGCCAGCGCAGCUCGUGCCUUGGACAGGAAACUCAAACAGACUCUUCCUGUCUAGUUUUAAUGUUCACUCCUAUGUGAAAUAAUGAUCAUAAGCUGUGGGGUGUUGCAAGAUUAAACAGACUUUAGUGGAGCUCAGAAAGGACUUGUUAAUGCUGAUGAGUGUAUGAGAAUCUACUCUGAGACUGUAAUAAGGCAGGAUUGAUAGCUCCUUAUGAUGAAAGCUUUGGUCAAUGUACUGUAUAAAAAAGCAUAGACAUUGCAGCUUGAAUGAUUUAUAUUUGAGGCUUUCGAAUUCUGAGGUGUUAUGAGAAGCUAAAGUAGCAAACUCUAAGUCAGAGCUCUGCUCUGAGUGCUGACAACCUGUGUGUCCAUAUCAUCUGAACAGAAUAGACAGACAUGGUACAGCCAUAAUCACAUGUGCACAAUAAGCUGUUUGUUUAAGCUGAAACUGUUGGUUUUGCCAGCAGGAAGAGGGCCUUCGGGGGAUCUGGACACCCUCCUUUGAGCUUUUGGGUAAAAUGUUAAAAUGUCUCCUUAUUUUACUCAUGUGACAAAAUAAUUCAGGUAUUUUAUAAAAAAUGUGAUAUGUGUAGUUUGUUCAAGAGGUGAGACUUUGCUCUGUGCAUGCUGUAGGCCACAUUCUGUCCAAAUGCAAUGGGUUGUGUUAGCAUGAAAAAGCAGCUGUUCGAUGCUGCUUCUCACACUCCAAGCAGACACACACUUCCUUUUGAUCUUUAUUCUAUCAGAUCAUGGAUCAUGAACAUACACAGACCCUUACAGUACACAAUUACCAUAUACACAUUUCCAUGUGAACAUAUCCACACACAGCACACUAAAGUGAUGCUGGGUCACACUAUGAGCGGUUUAUAUGCUGAACAUUGAAACCCGGACAGAAUGUGUAAAGUUGCUUGUUAUUAAUAAAUUGAACAAAUCAAAUUUUAUAUUAAAAUGCAUAUUUUAUGGAUACUUGUUAAGAUUCAGGUUCACAGUGUUUAACACCUGAAGUGGUAAGUUUCUGUUUUUACAGAGCAUUGAAGAUGACCACUACAAUCAUUGUCUGGCGAUGUGCUGCGAUGUUUCUUCAGGUUGUGAGAUUUCACCCUCAAACCUUCCCUUUAGAAAAAAAGCUAUUAGUGAUUGCAAAUCACAUAUGAGUAACAUGUUGUACUGUAAAAAAAAGAAAAAAGACAAAAACUAAAUAAAGAACACUUGAUAAAAUGUUUUAAUACUGUAAGAAAUUAAAUGCAUUUGCGUUAAAAGCCAGAAAAAUGUUUCUUUCUUUGUUAGGUUUUUGUUAGGCCUUGAUUUUUUUCUUAUAAAUGAAAACCAUGCUUAUAUCUUAGGUUUUUUUUUUUUGUUUGUUUGUUUGUUUUUGUAGAAAAGCAAAGAACUUUUCAUCUGUGUGUAUUAGUCAUGUUUUUUAAAAUUUAGUAUGCAAAAUGAACCGACCUGGAAUGAAACAUUUGUUUUAUAUCUGUGGAUGAAAGAAAGAAAGGAAAAAAAAGCAUUUAGAAAAAUCUUGAAUUAUUAUGGUAUUUGCACUGUAGUCGAAACACUGGUAACUUUUCAUUUCCAAUGCUGAGGGAUGACUGUGACUUUUAAAUCCUUUUGGUAAGGAGUAGAUUUCUUCCCAUGCUUCUGCUGAGAAAUGCUCUGCUCUUUUGAUACAGGCCCUGACAGUGUAGUGUAUGUGAAUUGACACUGUUUAUAUAUGUCUCCUAUAAAACUGGCUUUGUUCA